UCACGCAAAGUAUUAGCAACACUGACGGGAGACAGCUCACCAAAAUUCUGCCUGCAGAGUGCAGUGAUUUUACUUUGCAUUUUCGUUUAAAUUUUAUACUUAUUAUUUGGCUUAUAGUAAGAAAACGUGUACAACUACAUGUAACUCGUCAAAACGCGAUCUUCGUGCAACAAUAUAUAUGCAUACGUAAUAUAUAUAUAUAUAUACAACCCAAAUAAAAAAAAAAACAAGUUUUGCUAGCCAGCGACUUGGCAAGUUUGUGUGAAAAUUCCAAAGCAGAAAAUUAAGUUGAAAUGGUUGAUAAAUUUAUCAGCAUGUGGAAAGUGCGCGAGUUGGCGGACAAAGUCACCAAUGUCGUAAUGAAUUACACAGAAAUAGAGGGAAAGGUGCGCGAGGCGACUAACGAUGAUCCGUGGGGUCCAACAGGUCCGCUCAUGCAGGAGCUGGCGCAUGCUACAUUCUCCUAUGAGACCUUUCCGGAAGUCAUGUCCAUGCUUUGGAAACGCAUGCUGCAGGACAAUAAAACCAAUUGGAGACGAACAUAUAAGAGCUUGUUGCUAUUGAACUAUUUGGUACGCAAUGGUUCGGAGCGCGUGGUAACGUCGUCGCGGGAGCACAUCUAUGAUCUGCGUUCGCUGGAGAAUUAUACGUUUACGGAUGAAGGCGGCAAGGAUCAGGGUAUUAAUGUUAGGCAUAAGGUACGAGAGCUUAUAGACUUUAUUCAGGACGAUGAUCGUUUGCGCGAAGAGCGCAAAAAAGCCAAAAAGAAUAAGGACAAGUAUAUUGGCAUGAGCAGUGAUGCCAUGGGCUCCCGCAGCGGUGGCUACAGCGGCUACAGUGGUGGUGGGGGCGGAGGCAGCAGCGGUGGGUACAACGACGGAGACUGGCGCAACAAUCGCGGUGACAAUUGGUAUUCCGAUAAGAACUCCGCGGAUCGUUACGAGGACGAGGAUACUCAAUAUGAUGGCGAGCGCGAGGGUUCUGACAGUGAUUCACCUAGUCCCAGACGCAACUAUCGAUACAAUGAUCGCGCUAGUCCAGCUGAGGUGGCCGUUGAGAGCAAACCGUCAAACCUCAACAUGAAUAUACGCUCAAAGACGGUGAGCUCGCCAGUGUCCAAGCAGCCGACAUCUGUUGGCACCUCAAAGCAGGCGGCACCGCAAAAGAAAAUCAAUUUGGGUGCUGCGGCUAACUUUGGCAAGACGCCGAACGCGGCCGGUAUUCAUUCACCCACGCACCGCGACACGCCCACCACAAAUAGCGUUGAUCUAAUGGGCGGCGCAUCGCCCAGCAACAAUAACAACAAGAGCAAUACACCGAGUAACAAUAACGAUUUGCUAGAUGAUCUUUUUAAGACGUGUUCAUCGUCACCAGUACAGCAGUCACCGAAAGUCGAGAAAACGCUUAAUAGCGCUGCUGUUAUUAUUGAUGACGACGAUGACUUUAAUCCGCGUGGUGCUGAUGCUGCUCCCACGCAAGAAUUUGGUGAUUUUGCGACUGCUUUUGGCAGCGGCUCAUUACCACCUUCGACGGGCAUAUUACCGGCGGCAAGCAAUGAUGAAUUCGCGGACUUCGAUGCAUUCCAGAGCUCUACCACUGCGACGGUGUCAUCCACAUUAGCGCUGGAUGGCAACCUGUUGACGACAGCGACGCCAGCUAACGAUGCCUUUGACCUGUUCAAUGCCGCACAGCCAGCAGCAACAGCAACGGCAACAACAGCCACUGAUCUGCUGGCCGGAUUGGGUGAUUUGUCGAUUCACCAGAGCAUGCCAAUGGCUGUUGAAAUUCAGCAAGUCUCAAAGACGUCGCUGCCCCCGCCAUCGGAAUCAGUACGCCAGGCUCUAGCUAAAUCCAUUGCGAAUUUGCGAGAUUUAGCAUGCGUGCAGAGCGCCGCAGAUGUCAGCUACGUGGCUGCCACCUUGCGGCAAUUGCACAACGCUGGUGCCCUGCCGGGAUACACAACGCCAGAACAGCUUGUGGGACUCGAUUGCCGCGCUGUUGAUUGGUCCCAACUGGCAGCUGACGAGUACGCAGCUUUACUCACGCAACUGGGCAGGCUUUUCACGCGGGAUUGGCCACAGCCCACAGAUGACGUGGAUGUUUUAAAUAUGUUUAAAUUGGAUUACAGCAUUGACUAUGCGGAAGUUGCGUUUGAUGCACUGCUACAGCAACUGGAACGGGUGCCGAACAGUGCCGCCUCCAUGCUCGCCGCUCUUGUGCAGGAUCACUGCCUGCUGUCCAUUUGCUUGCUGCACCUUACACGUCACCGUGGCGCGUUAAUGCAGCGAUAUGCACGCACCAUUAAAGUGCUGCCCGAGCGGCUGGUGGACGAGCACGAUGCUCGGACUAUGCAGUUUAUACAACUGCUGAUUGGGCUGCCUGGCCUGGUGGCCAACAAGCUGGGACGGCAGCUGCCCGCGAUAUUUGCGACCAUCGCCUACGGACGACUACUGCUGCAGCAAUGGCUCAGAGCUGUGUACUUUGUGCUGCAGUGCGAGGAUCAAGGCGGCUACUUCGAUCUUAGCCCAUUUAGUUGGCUGCUCUCCCGCGUGCUUGGCAACUACUUUGAUGCUUCCACCCUGGAGGCUCUGUUGCGCGUGCUCGAAGAUCUUGCAGUUGCCCCAAAUUCACGCGGCGUGUUGCAACAAAUUUUAUAUAAGCUGGAGCCAUCCGCCUGUUUUAAAUUGGCUCAAUGUGCUGUCAAUGCUCAGCUCAAUCUUUACGUGCUGUUGGGAACCGGCUCAAUGGAGACGCAGCAUUGGCAGCAUUGUUUGCUCCAGAAGCUGCCUCUGCAGCGGGCGCCCACAGAGAAUGGACCACUUUGCACUCUAGUGGGCUAUCUCGCAGUGGCUGCAGCCACAGAGCUGCACGUGCUUUUUACGCAGCUGCUGGGCAUGUGGUCCAAGAGAAUCACCCUGCAAAAGCUAAGCAGCCAGGAGCAUGUGGCCAUAUGCAAGCUGCUGGUACUGGCUGGCAAAUGUAAUGGCAACAUGGAGCAGGAACACAAACGUCAGCUGCACGACGGGCUGAGCUACCACCUGCAGUCGCCCGACAAGGUGCAGCGAUAUCUGGGCAUGAAGACCGUGGAACUGCUAUAUAAUCACAUGGUAAAUGAACAGGCUCCAGAUGAGGAUCGCUUGAAAUUCGAUUAUGCUGCUCUAGAGGAAACGCCCCAUUGGCAUCUUAUCGAAGAGCUGGAAAUGUUGGCGAACUUUAAGUAUCCCAGCAAGGCGCAGUUGGAUAGCAGACCCAGUCGAGAGCUGCUUCAGCGUCUCGAGCUGCACAUGGCUCAGUUUAUGGAAGUUGAGGAGCAGCCGCCGCGCAUGCCGACUGUGCAGGCAGCCAAAAAUAUAAGUAAAAUGCAACUGGACCUGGACUCAGAUGACGAUGAGACACCAACACUGCCGCUCGACGAGGACGAUGAGGAUGACGAUGAUUUGAAGCCAUAUGACAUGUCCAAUGACAUUUCCAGCAGCCUGGAACAGCGUCCCAAAUUUUUGAUUGACCUGCUGCACCUGCUACGCACCAAAGUGGACAAUUAUCAAAUCUUUGAAGCUGCAUUGGCCACGGCUGAGCAGCUGAUACGCAGCCAGUUGGCGCAGCAGGAUGUCAAGCUGGCUCUGGAGCUGAUGGAACUUUUCAUCGUGCUCGAGAUGCAGUACUAUUUCGAAGACUUUGAGCGCACACAGUUCCGUUGCUGCGUGGCCAUCUGUGUUGCUAAGCCGGGCGCCUGCGCCGAGCUGCUGUGCCGCAUGUUCCACACGGACAACACGCAGUAUGCGGCCAAUGUGCGCAUUCUCAUACUACAGAUAUUGGCUGCAGCAGCCAAGGAGCUAGCCGGGGAUGAGCAUCAGCCGCCAACUGCUGAACAGAUUCUGGACAUUGUGCCGCCCGUAGCCAAGCAACCUCGCAAAUUCCAGCUGCACUCUGAAAAAGACGAUGCUGAUGCACGUCUGGCUGCUGCUCAGCGCAUCAUACGCGACCGAUUGCGCGCCAAGACUAAGCGUUACCUGAGCAAGAGAGCAACGCCGGCUAGUCAAGCCAAGAUCAAUCCGUUCCAUGCCGUUGCCGGCACAUUCUUCUUUGGCCUGGUGCGCGGUCAGCGCACGCGUCAAAUGCUUUAUGUUAAAUAUGAGAAUAUUUCGCAUGACAUCGAUACCCAGCUGCUGGUCAACAUGCUGCACACACUGGCCGUGCUGCUCAUGUGCUCCCAGAACUGCCCGCUACUGCCGGCCAUGACGCGCGAGAUCUUCGAUCUGUGCGCCUUUGUGCGCUUCAGUGCUGAGGCGCGAGUGCGUGCGGCUACGCUGCAACUAUUGGGCAUAGCUCUGGUCACAACGCCCGCCCACCUGUUGGUCGCCCAUUUUGCUGAGUCGCUCAACGAGCUCAAGCGCUGGCUGGAAGAGUUUAUGCGCUCGCCGCUCGUAGGCGGCGAAUCGUCCGACGAGUGCCGCGAGCUAGCCCAACAGAUUUUGAGCACAUGCUACAAGCUAUUCGAUACAGCAACCUUGGAGCAGGGCUCUUAGACCAAAGAAGCUUUUUAUUUAGGGUAGAAUUAAGUGCCAAGCCAAAAGGAUGAAAUU